AUGGCAGAAAACGUCAACAUAACAGCACCGUUGAGAGCGUACUAUACUCCUCAACAUUCUCGAAAUUUGCGGAAAGCUGAAUGUUCUCCUACAAAGGAUUUCGCGGGUAAAUCUGCUAAGAUCUCCAUCAAUGAUUCCAUUGUCAAGGUAUUGCGCUGGCACGCCUUCGCAUUUCAAAAGGAAACGGCUCUUGAAUGGAUCCUUUCAUCUCCCAUGAUAACAAUCUUGAUGAAGGUAACCCUAUCAUGCGAUCACCAUGUAGUUGUUGGAACUGUUGGACCCGUUUCAUUUCGUCACUCCAAGAUCUUACCCGUGGUUUUCCUAGACCAUCUUCGUCUAUCAAAAUCAGUCAAGGAAGGUACUAAGCUCACGUGCGAGCUUUCAAUGAUUGUUGCAAGGUUCAUUUCUGAGUACACCAUCUACUUGGCGUGCGCAGUAAUUUCGGAGCUUAUGAUAAUCAGCUCAGUUUCAAUAGGAUGUACGAUUGCAGCUGAACAUCAGAAGUCUCAUAAAACCAAGCCACACAAGUGCGAUGGGUGCGAUGGGUUCAUGAUCAAAACCAGGCUUUCACAAGCUAUUGUAGCUCCAACGGCUGCUGCUACUCGCUACCCAGUCCCGGCCAAAACGGCAUCGUGUAAAUGGUGUCUGAGAGUUUUUGUUGUACUUUACCGAACUCUUCCUCAUUUGAUCUUAUUCUAGCGUUUCGUUUGUUUGUAUUUGGCUACAAUUCUAAUGAAUAUUCUCUUGCUUUAUCUCUCUAUCUC